CGCACGGGUUAAAGGCUAUAUUUAAUUUAUUCACAAACCGUCUCAACUCUUUCACUUCUCCGGCGAUAUUCUCCAAUAUAUUGUAAUUCAUGGGCACCCCGGAGACUUCACGUGAACCUUGUCCUGAUCGUAUACUUGAUGACAUUGGUGGAGCUUUUGGCAUGGGUGCCGUUGGAGGUUCAGCUUUCCACUUCUUGAAAGGAAUUUAUAACUCACCUAAAGGUGAGCGCUUCGUUGGAGGGACUCAAGCUGUGCGUAUGAAUGCACCUCGUGUAGGUGGUAGUUUUGCUGUGUGGGGUGGCCUCUUUUCCACUUUUGAUUGCACAAUGGUCUAUGUACGCCAGAAAGAAGAUCCGUGGAAUUCUAUCAUUGCUGGAGCAGCCACUGGGGGUUUCUUGCAGAUGCGUCAGGGUCUCGGUGCUGCCUCUAGAUCUGCAGUUUUUGGUGGAGUAUUACUUGCGUUGAUUGAAGGUGCUGGAAUUAUGCUGAACAAAUUGAUGAGUAAUGUGCCGCAAAACUUUCCUCCGAUGGACGAACCUAUGCCUAACAUGCCUGGUAUUCCUGGAUAUAAUAUGGGACAACUUCCUGGUCAAGCACCAGUAAAUAUUGAGGGCAUGGGCAGUGGACAAUCGGCAACAUCACCUCAGCCAUCAUCUUCUUCCUCAUGGUUUGGCGGGAUAUUUGGUGGUGAAAAGAAGCAGGAGACGGGUCAAAGCAGUGGAAGCAAGACAGAAGUUCUGGAGAGCUUUGAUUCUCCAAACCCUCCCUCAUUUGAUUACAAAUGAGAAUGAAUAUUGUUGCUUGGGAGUGACAUUUCAUAUAAAACUAACUUGUAAGGUUGGUGUUUUUGUUUUUGAACUUCUGUCCUAGAUAAAUCAAUUUUGUAAUACACUUAUAUAUUUAUCAAACAGUUUGCGGCUACAA